ACAUCGCCCGUUAGGUGCCAGCUUUUGAAGCAACCAACGCACCCAUCGAGAUGCAGUAUCGCCUCGCACGCAUGUGUGGUAGCACGGGAGUCACCGCACUUUGAGCCAUGUGGCUGUUUGUGCCAUGGUGGUGCAAGCCCCGAUCCAACGGUGUGGGAUAUCAUCGGUGAGCAGAAAGCAGGGCGAAGGUACAAGUAG